GGCCCCCCUUCCCACGCCCAGUGCGCUGUGGGAUAGUGGCACUAUAAAGUAUAUCCUCUCUCGGAGAAAGAUAAGAAGCCCGAGACAGGAGGGGAUGAAGAUGGCGGACGCCAAGCAAAAAAGGAACGAACAGUUGAAACGGUGGUUAGGGUCGGAGACAGACAUCGAGCCUCCUAUUCUGAAAAAGAAGAAGGCGAAGGUGAAGUUCGACGAUGGCGCCGUGUUUUUGGCUGCCUGCUCAAGCGGCGAUACCGAGGAGGUGCUCCGAAUGAUUGACCGGGGUGCUGACAUCAACUACGCCAAUGUAGACGGUCUGACUGCCCUCCACCAGGCGUGCAUAGAUGACAACGUGGACAUGGUGACCUUCCUGGUGGAGCAUGGUGCUGCCAUCAACCAGCCCGACAAUGAGGGCUGGAUCCCCCUCCACGCCGCAGCCUCUUGUGGAUACAUGGACAUAGCAGAGUAUCUGAUUGGCCAGGGAGCCAGUGUGGGGGUGGUGAACAGUGAGGGGGAGACACCACUGGACAUCGCUGAGGAGGAGGCCAUGGAGGAGCUCCUGAAGAAUGAGAUCAACCGACAAGGCGUGGACAUCGAGGCGGCCAGGAAGGAGGAGGAGCGGAUCAUGCUGAGGGACGCCCGGCAGUGGCUCAACAGCGGAACCAUCAACGACGUCCGACACGCCAAGUCCGGGGGGACCGCACUCCACGUGGCCGCCGCCAAGGGAUACGCUGAGGUUUUAAAGCUUUUAAUCCAAGCAGGGUAUGAUGUAAAUAUUAAAGACUUUGACGGCUGGACCCCGCUCCAUGCUGCUUCACAUUGGGGCAAAGAGGAGGCCUGCAAGAUACUGGUGGAGAACCUGUGUGACAUGGACCUUAUCAAUAAAGUGGGUCAGACAUCUUUUGAUGUUGCAGAUGAAGAUGUCCUUGGCUACUUAGAGGAAUUACAGAAGAAGCAGAAUCUGCUCAAUAGUGAAAAGAAGGAUGUUAAGAAGUCUCCCUUGAUAGAGACGACGACCACCGGGGACAACAAUCAAAAUCUAAAAUCCAUUAAGAGCAAAGAGACCCUCCUCCUGGAGCCCGAGAAGCCCGCCCUGCGCAUCGAGACCCUGGAACCGGAGAAGGUGGACGAGGAAGAGGAGGGCAAGAAGGACCAGGAGUCCAGCUGCUCCAGCGAGGAGGAAGAUGAGGAAGACUCUGAGUCUGAGACUGAAGCCGACAAGAGCAAGACGCCUGUCCCUGUGAGCAACAGUAACGGCACUGCUGUGGUGCCAACGCCGACCAGCGUUACGGUGUCUUCCACCUCCCCAACCAGCCCCACUAACCAGGUGACUCUCACCUCGCCUGUCAAGAAGUCUGAUUAUAUUACUGCCCUCUUGCCUGUGGCGGAGCCAAGCUGUCCUGCAUUAUGGCGUCAAGGCUUGCGCAAAACUGGCAUUUCUCUUGUGCCCAAAAAACCCAUGGUGGCCCAGCAGGUGUCCCCUGCUGGUAAGGUCUCUCCUAAAGAGGUCUCCCCUAAAGAUAAACAGGAGGAUGACAAGACGAAGAAAUCGGACGAGUCCCCGGCGUCGUGGCGCCUGGGCCUGAGGAAGACUGGCAGCUACGGGGCGCUGGCGGAGAUCACGGCCACCAAGGAGGCCCAGAAGGAGAAGGACACGGCCGGGGUGAUGCGCUCGGCCUCCAGCCCCCGCCUCUCCUCCUCCCUGGACAACAAGGACAAAGAGAAGGAAAAAGACAAAGGAACCAGACUUGCCUACGUUGCCCCCACCAUCCCCAGGAGACUGGCCAGUACAUCAGACAUUGACGAGAAGGAGAACAGGGACUCUGCUGCUAGUCUGGUACGUAGCGGCUCCUACACCAGGAGACGCUGGGACGAUGAGCUGAAGAACAGUGAAGGAAGCGCUUCCACCAACCGAACAACACCCAGCUAUCAGCGCAGCACGUCCCACACGCUAACGCUAGGGCGGAGCGGCAGCACGCGGGACGUGCCAGCCAAGUCCUCGUCCGCCUCCAGCUUGGACCCUAACACCUGUAACACUAAACCCUGGCAGUCGCCCGCCUCCCACUACCAGUCUUACAGCAUUUACCGCAGUGGUUCCUUUGGCAGGAGGCAUGAAGACCUGGGUUCGACCACCUCUUCCUCCACUAGCACCACCACAACCACCUCGUCUGUUACCUCGCCCACCGGCUUCCGUGACCGCAGCCUGCUCUCCAGCCUGGGCUCCUCCACCCGCACCGGAUCCUCCAGCCUCACCAGCAGGUACUGGGCAGAGGAGAGUGCAGAGAGGGAAAAGGAGCGGGAGAAGGAGUCUGCUGCAGUCAUCCCUACGAUUAACACUGCUUCUACCACCACCACGUCCACUACUGGCACUAUCAUUGGCUCUGACGGCAGGGAGAGACGCAGGUCCGACACGCGCACGUCGUACCUCACCCCUGUCCGGGAUGAAGAGUCGGAGUCCCAGAGGAAAGCCCGCUCCAGACAGGCUAGACAGUCCAGACGGUCUACCCAGGGUGUGACUCUAACUGACCUCCAAGAGGCAGAGAAGACCAUCGGCAGGAGUCGCCCCAUACGGACCCGGGACGAGGAGAAGGAAGAGAAGGAGAAACAAGACAAGGAGAAGCAGGAGGAGAAGAAGGAGACUGGUGAAACCAAGGAGGAAGACUACCGGUCAAGGUACCGCAGCUUCGAAGAGACUUACCAGCGCUACCGUCCCUCCACCAGCUCGGCCACCACCCUGAGCACGGCCUCCACCCCGUCCUCUACUUCCUCUAGCUCCCUCAAUAGGCCCAACAGCUUGACCGGCAUCACCUCCAGCUCCCUCAACAGGCCCAACAGCCUGACCGGCAUCACCUCCUCUUACAGCCGCUCCUCCAGGGACACUGAGAAAGAAUCAGACAAGAAGCAGCAGGAGGAGGAGAAGGAGGGAGAGGAUAAGUCCCAGCCCCGCUCCAUACGUGAUCGCCGGCGGCCCCGUGAGAAGAGACGCUCCACCGGGGUGUCUUUCUGGACCCAAGAUGGGAGUGAUGACAAUGACCCAGACCAGUCGGCGGACUCAGAGGAAGGCAGCAUCAAGGGUGAACCUCAGAGUGACCGACUGUCCAGGAAUGAGAGCAGCACUUCCUCUUCCGACCGCUACGACCACUUGGGUAGCCGUGGCUACGGCGAGGGUCGCAGGUCAUUCUCAAGCAGGCUGGACCGAGACGAUAGCACUGACUACAAGAAGCUUUAUGAGCAGAUCCUAGCUGAGAAUGAGAAGCUGAAGUCCCAGUUACGUGACACAGACCUGCAGCUGAAUGACUUGAAGUUACAGCUGGAGAAGGCCACACAGAGGCAGGAGCGCUUUGCUGACCGGUCGCAGCUUGAGAUGGAGAAAAGGGAAAGAAGAGCUCUAGAAAGGAAGAUCUCUGAUAUGGAGGAGGAACUUAAGAACCUCCCAGAGGUAAAGCAGGUUCAGGCCCUGCGUCAGGUCAAGGAGCGGCUGCAGGCAGAGAACAGGGCCCUGGCCCGCGUGGUGGUCAAGCUCUCCCAGUCAGCCUGCAGCCAGCUGCCCCCCUCCGUGGACCUGUAGCCCUGCCCAACCGCUCCCCCUCACCCUCCCUUCUCAUGCUCCAUUUGUGCUCCGACCUCACCCAUAGACAGACGCUACCAGACUUGAAAGCAGACAACCAGAGACUAAAGGACGAGAACGGAGCUCUUAUUCGAGUCAUUAGCAAGCUUUCCAAGUAGAACAUACAACCCCCCCCCGGCAGCCCGCCCUCUCCUCCAUGGCAGUGACUAAUGGACUUGCAACUUUUAGGUAUUAAUUGCAAGAGACAUCAGCAUCAAGACUCCUCCUUCUCCCCUCAGCCCUCCUAUCCCUCUCUCCUCUACCACCACAUCCUCCAUGUCCUCCCUCUCUCCAUUAGGUUAUUCUCCACUUCAACCUGUGGCUGCUCUCCAGAUAGAACCACUGAGUUUACAUUAGCAGAGGAUAGGGUUGUGAACGGCAUGUAAAAGCGUUUGCGGGCGGGGAUCCUCAACUAUUUAACCAAUAAGCCUUAGUUGUACAUAAAACACUUGUAUCGAUCUCUCGGCUGUCACAGAAGGACAGUUAUUUCACACCUGAUUUUAUUUGUGCCACAAACUCUUAUUUGAUCUUUUUGUUUCCAUUUCCUGUUUGUUUCUCGACCUACAUACAAAGGUUGUGCGAUGUGUAGUUGUCCUGUUCUUUCUGACCCCCAGAAGUCCUCCCCCUGUUUUUGGAGGCUCUGUCUCACAGCAGAAGACUUCCCAGUGGUACCCCCUGUCUUAGUGCAUGCAACCCCUCCCCCCGACACACACCACACAAGCACACGUGCACACACCUCUAUCCAUGCCACUCACCCCCUUUCCAUUUCUGUACCUUUGUGUGUCUCCCUCAGAGGUAAAUGGAAUUAUCGCUUUACAGAACAGGUGGACUUGGUGGAAUUUAAGCUUUCACUGUAUGUGCAAUAUGCAUUUAUUUCUAAUAAAAAUGCUUUAAUGAUGAGUCCAUCACUAGUAGGAUUUUCACUCCUCCAUCUUUCCAUCGCUCACCCCUUUCACCGACCCCCCCCCCCCCUCUUUUCUUUAAGGUUGUAGUGUAGUCGUUGGUUUAUACUCUGUAUUUCUCACUUCGUUUUAGCAGGUACUGAGUGAUGCUGUAUAUACCUGUAUGUAUCGUUUGAGACCAGCACAUGGCAUGCAUUUAUGAUUCCCGUCUGUUACUAUUAAAAAUAUACAAACUCCAGAGGACAAAAAAAGUGUGUUUUUAACUAUUUUCUUCAUUUAUAGUCUAAAGACAUUGGAUUACAAUAGGGCCUCUCUCUCUUAAAGGGAAUGGCUGGCAGUGUUCAGUGCUUUUUCUUUCCAGUUUUAAGUGUUCACGGUAAUUGAGAUACGAAUAAUAUAAUUGCUUCACUACAUUUCACACAUUGUAUUCAGUAUCUUUGGACGAGUGCUGUUCAUUUUUUAUUUCAGUUUAAGCCGUAGUAUUAGCCAAGGUGUUGUCACUAAAAGAUCUUAGGUAUUGCUAACCCAGUCUUUUUUACAAUGUCUACAUGCACUGUCAAUGCCAUGUGAGGAGUAUUUCAUGUCAGCCACCAUCAAAGUCCCUACAUCAAACACAUUUGAUGCAUUUCAGUGGCCUUUUUAAGGAUACUGUAGUAAAGAAAAGGUUGCUGUAGUUGGACUGUUGGCCAUCUCCUCUUUUGGUUUACAUUGCUGUUUUUCCUUUUUAAAUGUCCCAUCUUGUAAAAUAGGCGUGGCUUCAUACAUGCGAGCUGUGCUGUGACUACCAACCACUGAAGAGUUCAUUAAAAAUAAACUUGUACAUUGUGAA